AUGGAGCAUCGGAUAGCCAAAGAUCCCUCGAAGCGAUUUCAUCUGCCCAAGCGAAUGUCCACCGAUGAUGGAAAGCUAGCCCGAUUCCCACUCGCUUCAAUGGAGGCAUUCACUCGCCCCAUCUCUGCCCUAGCCCAGCAUCGAGUCCAUCAGCUCUCAGAAAUACGAGAAGUGUCCAGCUCCUCGAAAACGGCAAAACAUGGCUAUCCAGUACAGGAAUGGAAUGACGGUUGCAUAGACAGGCCCACAACCCCCACAGCUCAAGCCGACGCGCUCUCACAUACUACAUCAUCUGAGUAUCUUACACCAACUGCGUUUCGUUCCCACAACAAAAAUUAUACCACAGGCCUGGGAACCCGUGCGGCAAGCGCAGUCAGCUUGCCCCAUCGACCCGUCCCCGAGCGCACGUCGUCGGCGAGCAUUCUGUCGCGGGGUCUAGGUGGACCUGUACAGGCAUCGAUGCGCGAAUUGCCGACAUGGAGAAUCUCAGAAUUGGAUGGCCUGGAAACACUGGUCGACGACAAAGGUCGAGCCGGGUCUCCGGUUCGCCGAUCAAUCGGUCGCGCAGCCCAGUCAUCUGAGGUCCUCCGACCUGCCCUUGCACGCACCUUCAUUCGUACCUCGCCUCCUCAUGAAAUUCUGGACCAUGGCAGCAGUCGUCACCCCCGAGUAGAGCUUUCAAUCAGCCUUCCCUCGCCACUCUUUGUGGGAGGUGGCACAGUAGAAGGACAACUCACCAUUCAAGUGGAUGGCGGCCAGGCAAGAAAGCCGAAGAUGAAGCCAAUCUACCUCUCCAAAGCUUGCGUUGAUGUCAUUGGCGUCGAAGAAAUCAACGACGGCCGGCGCUGGAUAUUUUUGUCGCUUGCAACAGAGCUAUUCGAUCAUGAAAAUCCACCUCCACCUUCCCUGGUCACGUCGCAGACCCCGGAACCUGGUGCAGAUCUGUGUUGGGAGAUGAAGUCUGCUACGUCGGUCGUUCCCUUCUGCGUCAACCUGCCCUUGAAGCUCGGCCCCCCUCCGUACUCGUCCAGGCAGGCUUCUAUCCGCUACCUACUGUGUCCUUCGAUUGUGAUGCUCACCGUUCAUGACCCAGAGAAAGCGCUGGCCAGUCUAGCCAGUCCUCUGUUGGCCGCGGAUAUACUGUAUCUGGCAAGAGAGCCUGAUAUCCAAACGGUGAAGCUGACCGCUGGCCUUCACCGCCAGACAUGGGUCAAUGGCGCCUUGAUCUUUAUUGACGUCCACGUUGCGAACAACACGGCAAAAUCGGUCAAGAAAAUCGAGGUUCAAUUGGAGAAGACAACACUGUGGUAUACGCAUGCUCCAGCUGGAACCGCAGAGAAGAGCGCAAAUUACCUCCGUCUUCCGAAACGGACAGACGCCGAGGUGGUGAGUGGCACCACACUGAAGAAGUCAAGCACUUGGAAAGGAGUACCCUCUCAUUCUUCAGACGUUCGUACCAUCGAGCUGGAAGCGCCGCGGGGACACGUUACCAUCAGCACUGGGAGGUAUUUCGAAGUUCGAUAUUUCGUCAACGUCGUUGUGACGGUGAAAAUGUUCAAGACAGUGGCCGUCCAGCUCCCUGUAACAAUCAUACCGAUCAACUCAUUGGACAUUUUACCCAAUUCGCUUGCGCAGGUCGCCGCUUCGAUCGAAGCCAAGAGGUCUAAAACAGUCCCAGUCCCGCCUCCUGGUCCUAGCCAUGCAGCACACCACCAGGGCCAAGCUUUUGCAGCUCCAAUCCGACAGUCGGCCGAAUAUGCGAGACAAGAAAGAUCACUGGCCCAGAAUGACUUGGAAAGCCUAGCAGAUGACAUUGACAGGUCUCCUCGGCGACUAGCACAUAUCCACACGCAAUGCAGAGGAGGUCUUUCUGGUGCAACCACAGACGAGAAUGUCGCUCCUGGACGCCCAAGCGUGGCAUCAUCAUCACACCACCAUCUCCACAGACAUGCGAGCUGUUACCACUGUCAGAUCACGGCCGAGAAUUGCUCGCCAGCCAAACCAGUGGGUCCCCGCUUGCCCCGACUUCAAGUCUCGACGUCUGGGCUAGGAUUUUCCGAGUCUGAGUUUGAGAUACCUCCUGAUUCGCCACCUCGAAAAGUCAUGCUGAGUGAGCAGGAACGAGGCAUGAUCAAUCGUCAGAAAGAGCUCCAGAGUCGACAACAACGGAGUCAGGGAAUGCCAAAGAAACCGAAUAGGGACAUGAGACGAGACGUCGACGUCCGCGCAUCGAAGGAUCAGCUCAGCUAUACCAACGUUGUGGCGGAUCCAGCAGCUGGUCCAAAACAAAGUGAUUUUGGAAAUCUCAGCCCUGGAGUCAGGAAAAAGGGCGAGGGCCCGGCACUUCCCAAGCCGCCAGUAACAUUCAACGGAUCUGCUGUCACCAGAUCAAGGUCCAAGACGAACCCCGAGGGAUCGAGAUAUCGACCUAGUAUCAGCAAACCUCGGCGCAAAUCAAGCACAGAUAGGCACGACCGUACUCGAGCUUCGGUCGACGGGCCAGUAUUCUCAGCUAUACCUCGCAAAUUUAACAAGGACCUGACACAGCGGGGGAGCUUGGAUCACUUGUUCUGA